AGAGUUGAGAAAUAGCAGUCUUCAAUCUCUCAGUCUCUCUCUCUUAGUCUCUUUCUCUUCCAAUGAGGUUACUAGUUGUGUGUUCAGUGUUGCUCUCAAUACUGACACUAGCUGCAGCUAUACCAUUAAAGAAUAACACCAACACUGGACUGUCCUGCAACUAUAAACAAGCCUAUGUUGAAGUGUUGCGUGGUAGAGAUGGUCGUGAUGGAAGAGAUGGAGUGAAAGGAGAGAGAGGAGAUAAGGGAGAAAGAGGAGAUAAGGGAGAGAAAGGAGAGAAAGGUGAUACUGGACCUGCAGGACCAGCUGGUCCUAACAGUGGUGGAGUAGUGUACACUCGUUGGGGAAAGAAGUCCUGUCCUACUGGAGCUGAACUACUGUAUGAGGGAAUAACUGGAGGUGGUUACUAUGAAAAUUCAGGAGGAGGAGCUAACUACGUCUGUUUACCAAAGGAUCCUCAAUAUAAUAGUACACAUGAGCCUCCUGAUUAUUCUCUAAUGUAUGGUACAGAAUAUGAAAGUGCUAAUGGUAUAUUUCCAGGAAAGAAUCAACACAAUGCUCCUUGUGCAGUAUGCUAUGCAUCCAGCAGGAGCACUAAACUAAUGAUUCCUGCUAGAACCAGCUGUCCUUCAUCAUGGACUAUAGAAUAUAAAGGAUAUCUGAUGGCUGAACAUUAUUCUUUCAAGAAUAAUAAAGUCUAUGAGUGUGUUGACGAAAGUCCCGAAUCUAUUGAUGGAAGUGAGACUGCUACUUUGUCUGCUCAUUUCUACUUUAUCCGUACAACCUGUACUGGUCUACCUUGUCCACCUUAUGUUAACAAAAGAGCUAUUACUUGUGUUGUGUGCACCAAGUAACUAAGAGGUUUAUUAUCUACUUGAAACAAUUUCAAACAUACAUUGUAGCUACUUAGUUUUUUUGGUUAGGUAGUUUGAACUAGUAGAACAUUCUAUGCUGCUUAACUGUAUUCUGUAUUAGUUAGUGAAUUUUUUGUGAUUUCCUUUACAGUGAAUUUAAAUUUUAGCAAUAAAAUUGAUGCAGCUAUUCACUGCAGGCAAGCUAA